UCUGACCACCAUCGUGUUGUCAGCAAAGUUGAUGAUGGUGUUGGGAGUCGUGCGUGCCCCCCCACAUACACUUUUUUCUUUGUCGGUUACAGUUGGGUGAUCAUAAUAUGAAACCAAUAUCGAGGAUUAAGAUGGAAUAUGAUUUGAUAAUCUCCUUAGUGUUAUACAUGUGAAGCUUUAGUCAGCAUGCUUCAAUGUAGCCUAUAAUCUUAUGGUUGAGAUAUAAUUAAGUAGGCUCGGCAAUUUUGCCAACAAAUCAUUGGUUGAGCUGGGCGGGGGGAUACAAUGUUGCUAUUGUUGAUUGUCAGAACAUAUGUUGCACUGACUUGUGCUGGACCAUAGCCUGUUGUGAUUGAGACCAAGCUCAUGAGCUCACCAAGCUCUUCAAGCACCGCCGAUUCAGCCGCCACAAUGGCUGGCCGCAGCAGCUGUGUGAAUUCGCUCUGGUCGGGCACCGAGCGGGUUCGGAUUGGCGAGCGGCUGAAAGCGACCCUGGCCGGAAUCCUAGAGCUGGACCUGCUCCGGGGACAACAUCUAGACAUGAUCGAUGCGGAACUAGACCUCAAAGACACCAGCAGCACCGGUACCACCGUGACUGUCAUCACUGAUAAACAGGAGGAAAACCUCGAGAGCGCAGCCUCCGAUGGCUCUGCGACAUCCCGCAGGCAACAGGUUCCCUCUUCCCCAGAAACAGUGUUACCAUGCCACACCAGCACGUUGGACAAGGACAGUGGGGGGAACUCUGGAGGAAAUGGUUCGGUUCAUUCCAGAGUUGAUGGGAAUGGUGGGGAAAACUCACGCUGCUCCACCCUCUCUUGGGAUGCUCCGUCUGACCUGCUCUUACCCCCAGACCUUGAUGGUGCAGUCCAGCUGGACUAUUACUCCAGGCCCAGCUCAGGUUUUUAUUCAGUCAGUGGCAGCUCCCUAUCAGACUCCUGCUACUCUGUGUCCAGUGAGGCAUCUCUGGCCCAGGGGGGUCCAGUAAAAGGUGGGCUAAUCCGGGCUGGACCAGGACCAACCUCAGGGGGAGCCUUCAGGCUGUGGGAGCAGCGGGCCCUCUCUGCAGACCACAGAGACACCCAGUGGCCGGAGGCCACGCAGCAGCCAAGGACUCAGAGCAUUGAGGAGACCACAGAGAUUGCUGAUAGGAGACCAGUGUCUACGGUUGACCUGGAAAUGAACAGCCUUUUCUUCCUGUCUGACCUGUGUGCCAGCCUGGGCGACCCCCAUGCCGGCUCCCUCCUCCCGCUCCCUGACCCCCGACCCCAACUUGACCCCAGGUUCUGUUCUGACCUGGUGUCCCGGAGGACGAAGGAGGUGUACCCGUACCCCAGCCCCCUCCAUGCCGUGGCCCUCCAGAGCCCCCUCUUCACCUACAGUCAGGACCCCUCCCCCUCCCCUCGCCUCUCGCCGAGUCCGGACUCCUCUACCCAGGCUGAAGAAUCUCAGUCCACCCCCCUCUUCCGGCCCCCCCAGCCUCCUCAGCCCUCCACCUUCACCCAGCUGGAGCAGUACAUCACCAGGCUGGCUCGCCAGUACCAAAGCCGAAUUGCCCCCCCUGACACCACCCUUACCGCCAUCCCCAGGCAAGGCUCCCACAGGGGCCCCAGAACCCCUGGCCACGGCUCCACUCAGUCGCUGUCGGCCUUUGAGAGCCGCAGUACCCCCUCCAACCUGACAGGGGGCAGUGUGACGCCCUGCAAGUCUUUUCUUGGAAACUCUGCACGGGUCAGCCUCAGCAGUAUCGGUAAGAAGGCCAGUAGGAACUCCAUCAACCUGGGCCACCUGCCCUCAGUGACAGGAGAAGACCUCAAAAUCAACCUCCAUCUCAACCUCAGUCUCAACCUCAGCCCCAAUCUGAACAAAAACCUGGGUUUGGACUCGAAAAAAUCCAAGGAAGGUAUUAGCACUAGUGGUGGAUUAAGGAGUGACCAUGCUACCCCCACUGCCUCCCCCUCUCCUUCCACCUCCUCCCUCUCCACCGCCGCCACUCCCACCCCUGCCCUGAGGGUGAGGCCACGCAUCUCAACCUGUCCCUCCAACCUCAAUCACCGGAGCUCUCUGGAGGUCACCGGGUCAGGGGCUGGGUCAGGUCUAGGAUUCUCCCGCUCAUUGGACUGGAGUAGAUUGGAUUCUUCACCAGGGAAAGUGACAAUGAGUCAACCCAGCAUCACUGCCCCGGACGCCAGCCCGAGUAAGCUCAGCGAGGACUCAGCGAUGGUGAGGGAGAUCUCCCGUCUCUCUGGCCUGCCCCGGGCUGUGGUGGUGGGCCUGAUGGAGCAGGGUGUGGAGCUGGAUGUUGACUGCUUCCAGAGCGACACCGAGAGAAAAGGUCAGGGGUCAGAGUUUAAAGGCCAAAGCUCCUCCCCUUCCUCCCGCCAGACAGCCCGGAAUGACCACCAGUCUCAUCAUCAUGACUAUUCCAGUGUCCACCAACUCCACGCCAGUAACGAGACUGACCCCGACCCCCAGAGGCCGAUCCAUCUGUCCCUCAGUGUCACCAACUCCUCCAGUUCCCAUUCCAGUAGCCCCAAUCACCCUUACCAGUCCACCUCAACCCAUCCACCUACCCAUCAUCAUGUCACCCACCACCACACACAUACCUUCCACUGCCAACAAACCCCUUCCCCAUCCGACCCCUCCUCCUCUACUGCCUCCUCCCCCUCGUCUCGUGACCGCCCCAGGGUACGCUCCCCACCCCGCCCUCUCCAGCCCUCCCCCCUCGCCACUACUCCAUUCUCUGUCUUCCGGCGGGAUGACCCAUUCCAGUGCUCCCUGCCUCGCGUCAGUGACAGCAGCUCACCACAAGGGGGCGGCAUCCGGCCCAGAGGGGGGUCGCUACGGCAGUGUGCAGGGGGUGGAGGGGGUAGAUGGAGGGUAGAUGGGGAGGGAGAAGGAUGGAAGAGGGUGGAUGGGGAGGGGCUCUACCAGGGGAAGCAUGUGUCCAGGGAGUUGGUGAGGGCAUCGACGGUGAGCAGCUUCCAAAGGAAAGGGAGGUGCUACAGCAGCAACUGGGGAGAGGAAGGCAGUCACGACACGGCCCAGACGCCAAAGAAGGGGGCAGACAAACUCUGGAGGGACUUCGAAGGGCAUUCAUGGGGGAAAGAAGCUGAGGAGGAGAACAAGGAGAGGUGGAAGAGAGAGGGGAUCAGGAGAAAGAAGGAAAAUUACCAAAAGGAGAAGCAGCAGGCCAACAAAGAGACAGAGAGGCGACAGAAAGAGAGCAGUGCCUCAAAACGCAAAGGGAAGGGUGGUGGUGGUGGCUGGGAAAAGUGUAGCUCCAGCCUGAGGCUGUCCAGACAGGCUCUGUUCCGCAGUGAGUCCCAGGGGGAAGUGCUGGAUCCUCAAGCCCUAAAAGAGGAGCAUCUGAGGGGGGCACAGUGGACCUCCUCUCUGGACAUCGGCAGAGAGCUCAGCGUGGAGGGGGUUCGUCCGUUGGUGUUCGGAGGAAGAGCAGCAGAAGACAAGCGCCUGUCCUCUACUGCCAGCCUCUUCCACCUCUCUAGCUCUCAGAGCCUAGAGGGUAGCUGUCCCUCCCUAUCUCCUCCUCUCUCCUCCCCAUCGUUCUCUCCAUCCCCUCCAAGUAGGGCACCCCUCACACGCUCACGCUCGCUGAGGGACCUGAGUAGAAGGGUGUUUAGCUCAGUGAGGUCUCUCAGUUUGAAACACAAGACUUCAAGGAAGUGAGAAAAUCACAAUGAAUGAAUGUACCCAGAAAGUGUUUUUGCCACUAAGUUAGUCUAUAUUUAGGCAGUUGUAUUUUUGGUGAUAAGAUGGUGCCAAUGUUUUCCCUUUCUAAACUUGAUUCUGUUGAAAUUGACUCUCAGUAGUACUAUGCGACGGUGUGUGACUGUGUGUGUGUGACUGUGAGUGGUCCCCUUUGCAUGCAGCUCUGUGACUUAUCUCUGUGGACGGUCACAGCUAUCCGUAGUCUGUGAGCUUGUUCUCCUCUCUGACUGUAUAUCAAAUAGAAGUUUAUACACUGUAUGUUGCCUUUGAAGUACAAUCAGAUUGGCUAUAAACACCAAAAUCAGCAAACAAAAUGUUCUAUAAAUUAAUAUUUUGCUCAGGAUUUUGAAAUGGAUAUCAAUAAAGUAAUAAUUAAAAAUAAAAUGUUAUUUGAAACAAAUGUGUGUAUCUUGGAUUAUUAUUAAUAAAAGGCAACUAAUUCAA